GCCAACAUUUCCACACCUUGGUGACCCCUUCAAGACAGAAAGACAAAAAGCUAGGAAGUUGAAAACGAAAGGAAGUUAGGAAGUUGAAACAGAAGAAGGAAGAAGAAGUUGUGGUGGAAGAAAAGAAAGUUGUGACAGGAAGUAAAAAGUUUCUGCAGGAAGCGGCCCAAAAUGGCGGCCACCGAACUGCAGCGCGGUCUGGAGCAGGCUGGGCGGGGCUGGGGAACAGAGAAGGUGGAGCUUCUGGACAGCUUCGACUCAGAGAUGCAGGAAUGGGAGGACCAGCUGCAGGACAUGCAGAGGAAGAUAGAGGAGCUUUACAAUGAGGUGCAGGCUCGUAGAGGGGGAAAUGAUGUCACCAUGGACAACGGCAAAAAUGAUAGGAUGCACCAUGGCAAUGGCUUCUGUGACCUGCCUGGCAGCCAUAGCAACAGAACCAAGGACCAACCAAGAGCUGUUGUUGUGCCAAAUCACUGUAGCAACGGUUGUAGUCACGGCCCCAACGGUUACGGCGAACCUGUCAACCAUCAGAUUGGUGGUUAUCCAAAUUGCAACGGUGCGGUGGAACUUGAAGAUUUGUUGCAGGAUUAUCUUGGACAUGGUCACGGAAAGACCUGGAAGACCAACUCAGCUCUCAAUAAUGUAACCCUUGUCCCACUUCUCUCUCAGCAUCUGAAGGAGAUCACUAAAGGGAGCCAGGAUCAGUCUCUGCACCGGGAUGCGAUGAAGAGGCCUGUUGAGAAUGAGAGGAUUGGUCAGGUGCGGUUUGCAGACGAGGAGGCUGAGAACAGGAAGAACAGAGUGUCACACAGAAAGAGUUCCCCCUGCAGGGACCUUAACAAGCCCCCUCUUAGACAGAGAGAAGUCCCUCCCGUACCCCCCCGCUCCACCUCCCAGGUUGCCUCAUCCGAGACUUCCCCAGCCCUCGACAGAAAGUCCCACCCCCCUGGGGUCCUUGUGGACAAGAAGUGUUGUAGCCCCUCGGUCCUCAGGAAGUUUGGGGCCAUGCUCCAGAAGAACGAGGGGAAAACCCUCACCAACACCGGUGUGGUGACCAACCAGGUGCCUAUCGAGAACAAGUGCCCCACCCCCGUCUGUCAGCGCAAAGAGCUGGGCGGCAGCAGGGCGCCUGGGCACUUGCCUGUCCAGAAAUGCCAGGCGGAUUCCAUCAUGCUUACAGUGGCAAUGGACCCCAGCAAGGAACGAGGAUCUGGUGGGGCAGUGAGAGACUAUAGGAGAGAGAGCCAGCUUGGUGAGGGUAGAGGCACCUCAAUGGGUAGCUAUGCUCACCCUAAAGGACCCCAGGCAGGGCGUCAGAGGAGGGCCGAGGCCAAAGCAAGGGCCCUCGGAGGGGCAGACAGAGAGACAGACAUUGGUCUGGUCCAGGGGGAGAGGGCCAGGAGGCCUGCAUACCAGCCUAGGGAGCCCAUACUGGACUACAGGAACUUGAGUGGGUCCCAUGUUGGAGCUCAGAGGAUUCAGAGGGGAGGGCCAGUUGCAGGUCAGAAUAAGGACGAUGGACUCAUUGAGCUACUGGAUAUGCUGGACAUCGAGCACGAGUACAACUCCAGCCCCCGAGCCACAAAGUCUGCCUACAGAAAGGACACACAGAAGGUGAGCCCAGCCGAGUUGUCCCCAGCAACCCCGUCACUGAACUUCUCUCGUCCUGCCCGCCCAGCCAAUCAACGCCCUCCAUCCAGGUGGGCUAGCUGUGCUCCCACUGCCUUGAUCUCUGCCCCCUCCGGUCCAAUGUCCCGCGCCCCAAGCCCCUUGGCACACACCCCUAGCCCCAUAGCAAGAACCCCAAGCCCCGCCCUAAAGCAGCAAUCUUUCUGCUCCUAUUUGCUCCACACCGAGACUGUCAUCAUGUGAGAGACACGUUCCCCGACCCCCUUUUGACCCCGCCUCCCCUCCCCCAAUUCAACCCCACAGGACUCGGAUGAUAUAGUCUGCCCUUUCUGGAAAUACUAAAGACUGUUCUUUCGAUCCGUCUUGAAAAAAAGUGCUUUAAGAGAUUUUCUAUGAGAUUACUUAGAAUGACUUACACAUAUAAGAAACAAAAUGGUUGACUCCUAUUCAGUCUCCAGUGUUAGUGGCCUUCCUUUCUCCUGUGCCAAACUUCUUUACUUUUUGUUUCUUUCACUCUCUUUUACUUCCCUUCUAUUCUUUCAUUUUCUCUUUCUUUUUAUUGAUGAUUUUUGGAUGGCUGUGUAUAUUGCGAUACAGCAUGGCCCCCUUACUUGUG